AUGACCUCAUUUAGCACUGCUACUUCCCAAAUUCAUUCGAUCCUGUCUGAGCAGAUCCCUCUUCUGGACCUCCUCUUCCCCGGCUUCACGCCCCUAUCUUCCUCUCUCUGGCCGCUUCUCACAGGUGCCCCGGGUCUCUAUGGACGGCUGCUCUGCAUCUGCGGGUUGCUCGUGCUAAUUGGAAAAUAUGUCCCGGAAUACUUUAGGACGUUGCUGAAAGCCCAUUUCACUUCAAAGAUGGAAGUGCCUUAUAACGAUGAAGCGUAUGAUAUGCUCAUUUCUUGGGUGUGUUCUCAGCCAUUUGCACGAUCGGUGCGCGCUUCCCUUGCCAAGGUCGCUCUCGAACCUGGGCGUGGGAAUAAACCUGGAUCGCAGGCCUAUCACAAACACUAUCUAUUCGUUUUUGAACGCAAUCAAACUCGCGGAGAGCUCGGUUUUACCCGGGAGGAAGUCUCUAUAUCGUACUUCGGGCGGAAUUCAAAUGGAGAGAGAUGGACACCGUCAAAAUUAAGGAGCAAAAGAGAUAUGUUAACCGUGAUACUCAACAAGGAGUUAAAAGAGAUGCUGGUAGAUGACAUCUCGGAGUUUCUGGAUCCGACAACUCGGAGAUGGUACUCUGCACGUAGUAUUCCCUAUCAACGAGGGUACUUGUUCUAUGGGCCACCCGGAACUAGGAAGUCCAGCUUUAGCUUUUCUGUUGCAGGACAAUUCGAUUUAGAUAUUUACAUCCUCAAUAUCCCUACGCUCGACAACCAAAGUCUAAAGACACUUUUCGCUGAGCUUCCUCAACAUUGUGUUGUCAUACUCGAAGAUGUCGAUGCCGUCGGCUCGAAACGGACCGGAAGCAGCGAUAAUGGUCAGAGCACCUCUCCUACACAGAUACCUGCCCUCAAGAAGCUGUCCCUAUCCACUCUUCUCAAUGUUCUUGACGGUAUCGGAUCGCCAGAGGGUCGAGUGUUAAUCAUGACAACCAAUUAUAUCGAGCACCUGGACCCUGCGCUUAUACGUCCCGGUCGCGUGGAUACGAAGGCCGAGUUCCAUCUUGCCGACGAAGACAUGAUCAGUCAGCUGUUCUUCUUUGUCUACGAUUCCCAGCCGAUAAACGUCACCGGAGGUGACGAAUCGGAGAAAGGCGUCUAUCGGACUGGGAAAGAGAGCAUCGCACAGGGCUGCACGUUAUCCCAACUAGCCCAGGAGUUUGUCGCGAAGGUACCGAAGCUGGAGUUCAGUCCAGCUGAAAUCAUGUCUCUUUUGCUGACGAACAAGCAAUCACCCCACCAAGCUAUUGCCAGCGUGGAUACGUGGAUGGAGAGGAUCAGAGAAGAAAGGAAGAAAUUUGCGAGAACAAAUUCGUGGGCGCUCGACGACAAUGAUGGAUUCUAG